UUCAUAUUCUAAUUUUAGAAAGAGUUUUUGCAUUGUCUUGUUUUUGUCUACGUAGCCUAACAUGGCCAAGAUGACACCAGGUUCCGAGGAACUUAUCAAAAGUGACCGAAUUAUGUUCAAGGGCACGGAAGACACUAUGCUGAUGAAGCAAAUUCAGGCAACUCAUGCUCCAGAUGGCCAUGAAAUCAACGUCAGAUUUAUUUUUCAAAUCGUUGAGGAUAUACUCACCCGUUCCGGCAUGCAUGCUCCAAGCUCCGUGACGAGCAUGGACAUCGAUGCACACGUGGAACAGAUGGAUGACAAAGGCCGCCAACACUCACUUGAGUCAGUGCAUCCUAUAAUUGAUCGACUUACGGGGGAGGUUAUAAAUUCAGAAAAAUGCUACAUAUAAUCGAAUUUCUUAUUCUAUUUUCUCACAUCUAGACACAAAGUGAGUGGAUCUCUAAUAAAUUUAUUAAUGUGGGUCACAUUGCUUUGUAUUUGGUAGGGAAAAAAAUAAGGUAAAAAAAUGGGAUUCUGUAUAACUUUGCUCAUAAAUUUAUUUUAACACAUACAGAAUUACAGUAGUUUCAUAUUUCAUAUUUCGUAUAAUACAAUAAAUGGUACGAAAAUGCAUGCAUGUCCUUUUAUAGUAUUUAUACAAUGUAAGAAAUGCUCCAAUCAUGAGAGAAAGACAAGGGUAAGAGGCGUUUAUUGGAUUCCCUAUAUCAUCCCUAUAAAACUUGUAUCAUUUUUUUUUUAAUUUUUAUUUUAUUCAAUUCAUUGGCAUCUAGAGAUUUAUUUAUUUUAGUUUUGUUUUUUUAAUUAUCUAAGUAACUAUUUACAUUACUAUUUAUCCAUUUUAAUAUGUAUUAUCAGAUACUGUUUCAAGUGUAUUGAAGGCAAAGAUGAUCAUCAAGUGGCAGCCUUAAUGUUUAACAUGCUAUCAAGCUAUUCAUGGGAUGCUAAGCUGGUGUUAACAUUAUCAGCUUUUGCAUUGUACAAUGGACACUUAUGGCUCCUCGUUCAGACUCAUACAUCAAACGUACUUACAAAAUCAAUGGCAAUGCUUAAGGGAUUACCACGCAUCAUGGAGCACAUUGACGCACUGAAAUUAUGGUUUGAUGAACUAAGCAAACUAAUCACGACCAUGUUGGAUUUGAGCCGGUGCAUUGUGGCGUUGACGGAGCUACCCUCUUCAUAUGUCACACAGGAUAUGCCUGCCUUGUCAGAAGCCAUGGCCACUGUCCCAAUUGCUGUCUAUUCGACCGUCAGAGGCAUGCUUACUUGUGCAAAUCAGAUCUACUUUGCCUAUAGAUAUGCAGCAUCUGCAGGGGACCUACCCACCAUUACUUACAAGAUCAACAGCAUACGCGACCAUCUUAAGAAGAAACUCGAUCUCUGCUACAAACUCAUAGAGGAGAAAAAAAAUGUUGAAGCUUAUGAGGCACUGUCGCAUAUCUUUGAAAUGGUCCACAUAGACAACAUGAAAGUUCUCAGGACGCUGAUUUAUCCCAAGGAUGAUUUGCAGCCACUCUUUGAUGGUUCUACUAAGAUAAGGGAUAAUCUGGAAGUUUUGAGGAGGAAGAAUGUAUUAUUGCUGAUAUCAAGCCUAGACAUCUCUCCGGAUGAGCUUUCAAUUCUCGAACAGAUUUAUAAUGAUUCUCGUCAAUAUGGAACAAGGUUGGAUAAUCUGUUUGAGAUGGUCUGGAUCCCAAUUGUGAACCAAUCAGUGCAGUGGACAGAGCCCAUGCAAAGGCAGUUUGAGAGCAUGCAAUCCACGAUGACAUGGUACACGGUGCACCACCCCUCAUUGAUUGAUCGAUUGGUGAUUAGGUUCAUCAAGGAGAGGUGGCAUUUCAAGAACAAGCCCAUCCUUGUGGUGCUGGACCCACAAGGUAAGGUGGUGAGCCCCAAUGCCAUCCACAUGAUGUGGAUAUGGGGAAGCAAUGCGUUUCCUUUUACCAGCUUGAGCGAGGAAGCCCUUUGGAUGGAAGAGACUUGGAAGGUUGAGUUGCUGGUGAAUGGUAUCGACCAAACGAUACUCAAUUGGAUUAGAGAGGGAAAAUACAUUUUCUUGUAUGGAGGGGAUGACAUUGAGUGGAUACGAAGAUUCACAACCAUGGCAAACUCUGUUGCGCGGGACGCACACAUCCCUCUGGAGAUGGUCUAUGUCGGAAAGAGUAGCAGAAGGGAACAAGUCAGGGGAGCCAUUCAAGCCAUCAAUACUGGUAAAAUGGGGACUGCUUGGCAAGAGCCUAUGAUAUGGUUUUUUUGGACUCGGCUAGAGAGCAUGCUCUUCUCCAAGAUUCAACUUGGCAAGGCUGAUGAUUGCGAUCCCAUGAUGCAAGAAAUAAAAAAACUGCUUAGCUAUGACAAGAGCAGAGAAGGAUGGGCUGUGUUCUGCAAGGGAUCGGAGGUGGUGGUCAAUGGGCAUGGGACCACAGUGUUACCUACUUUGGUGGAGUACACUGAUAUAUGGAAACAAAAUGUGGUCACCAUAGGGUUCGAUAAAUCGUUCAAAGAUCACCAUGAGAGGCUUCAUGGGAUUGAGCACCCGUGUUGUCGCUUUGAAUUCCCAAGCAUUGUGGGAAGUAUACCGGAGAGCAUGAAAUGCCCAGAGUGCUUGCGUAGCAUGGAGAAGCACAUCACCUUCAUAUGCUGCCACGAUGAGAAUCCUGCUACCAACAUACUUGACUGAAAUAUCCCGAUGUUGAACGAUUAUUAUUACACUAUUGCGAUUGAAAUAUGAAUAAUGCUUUUUGCUCUUGUGUAAU